AUGCGGGUGGCCAAGUGGCUGACGGGGCUGCUUUACCAGCUCUCGCUCUUCAUCACCAGGUCUUGGGAAGUUCACUUCCACCCCAGGCAAGAAGCCCUAGUGAGGACACUGGCCUCCUACGAAGUGGUGACCCCCGCGCGGGUCAAUGAGUUCGGAGAAGUGUUCCCUCAGAGCCGUCACUUCAGCAGGAAGAAACGCAGCUCCGGGGCGCUGGAACCCACGCCGUUCAGGACCCACUACCGCAUCAGCGCCUACGGGCAACUCUUCCAGCUGAACCUGAGCGCCGACGCAGCCUUUCUGGCCCACGGCUACACCGAGGUGCACUUGGGGACCCCCGCGCGCGAGGCCCGGGAGCGCGACGCGGCGCCCGCAGACUUGCGCCACUGCUUCUACCGCGGCCAGGUCAACGCGCGGGAGGAUCACACCGCAGUCUUCAGCCUGUGUGGAGGCCUGAUGGGAACAUUUAAAGCACAUGAUGGUGAAUAUUUCUUAGAACCUAUAGUGAAGACAGAUGGGAGUGAACAUGAAGACGGUCACAAUAAGCCCCAUCUUAUAUACAGACAAGAAUUGAAGAGGAACUCUCUUCUGCAAUCUCAUAAGCCCUGUGAAGUUUCAGAAAGUCAAAUAAAGUCAACCACUUUAUCCUUUCAUAACUAUAGCAACGUGAAUGAAGAUCUUAACAUAAAGAAAGAAAGGAUUUUAGGAUACCCAUCAAAAAAUACAUCAUUGGAAGAUGAAAGAAGUCAAUUACAUUCCAGGAAAAAACGUUUUUUAUCAUAUCCAAGAUAUGUGGAAGUUAUGGUUACAGCUGAUGCUAAAAUGGUUGAUCAUCAUGGACAGAAUUUGCAGCACUAUGUACUAACGCUAAUGUCAAUUGUUGCAGCAAUCUAUAAGGACUCAAGUAUUGGGAAUCUUAUAAACAUAGUAAUUGUAAAAUUAAUUGUAAUUCACAAUGAACAGAGCCACAGACUGGCAGAGUUAGGUACGCUGUGUGACCCUUUACGGAGCUGCUCCAUUAGUGAAGAAAACGGACUCAGUGCCGCCUUUACUAUCGCCCAUGAGCUUGGGCACGUAUUUAAUGUUCCACACGAUGAUAGUUUUAAAUGUAAAGAGGCUGGAAUUAAACAUCAGUAUCAUGUAAUGGCUCCAACUUUAAAUUACCACACAAGUCCUUGGACCUGGUCAAAAUGUAGUCAGAAAUAUAUCACGGAAUUUCUAGAUACUGGCCAUGGGGAAUGUCUUCUUGACAAACCAAAUGGAAGAAUAUAUGACCUGUCUUCACAACUUCCCGGAUUGAUGUACGAUGUAAACAAGCAGUGUGAACUUAUGUUUGGUCCUGGGUCCCAAGUGUGUCCUUACUUGAAACAGUGCAGGCGUCUCUGGUGCACAAGCGCAGAAGGAGUUCACAAAGGCUGCCGCACUCAACACAUGCCACUGGCAGAUGGGACGAACUGUGGUCCUGGGAUGCAUUGCCACCAUGGGCUAUGUGUAAAUAAAGAAAUGGAAGCACGUCCUGUAGAUGGUGAAUGGGGACCGUGGGGACCUUACAGUUCUUGUUCACGAACAUGUGGAGGUGGAAUCAAAAGCACAACCAGGCUCUGUAAUCGUCCCGAGCCAAGAAAUGGAGGAAAGUACUGUGUGGGCCGCCGGAUGAAAUUUCGCUCCUGUAAUACUGAUUCAUGUCCGAAAGGCAAGCAAGACUUUCGAGAGAAGCAGUGCUCUGAUUUUGACGGUAAACAUUUCAACAUCAAUGGUCUUUCCCCUAAUGUGAGGUGGCUUCCAAAGUACAGUGGGAUUGCCAUAAAAGAUCGUUGUAAACUCUAUUGUCGGGUUGCUGGAACCACUAACUUCUACCAGUUGAAGGACAGGGUUGCUGAUGGUACUCCUUGUGGAACUGAAACUAAUGACAUCUGUGUUCAAGGCCUGUGUCGGCAAGCUGGCUGCGAUCACGUGCUGAACUCCAAGGCCAAGAGAGACAAAUGUGGAGUGUGUGGUGGGGAUAACUCCUCCUGUAGGACGAUGGCAGGCAUCUUCAACAGUGCUCAUUAUGGUUACAAUGUUGUUGUAAAGAUUCCCGCAGGAGCAACAAACAUUGAAAUUCUUCAGCAUAGCUAUUCUGGAAAACCAGAAGAUGACAAUUAUCUUGCAUUGUCUGACACUCAAGGGAAUUUUCUUUUGAAUGGUCAUUUUGUUGUCAGUAUGUCAAAAAAAGAAAUCAAUGUGCAAGGAGCUAUUUUUGAAUACAGUGGUUCAAACAACUCAAUUGAAAGAAUUAAUAGUACUGAUCGACUAGAGGAAGAACUUAUUUUGCAGGUAUUGUGUGUGGGUAAUUUGUACAAUCCUGACGUACGUUAUUCCUUCAGUGUCCCUGUAGAUGAGAGGGGUGACCUGUUCACCUGGGAUCCAUAUGGACCGUGGCAAGACUGUACCAAAAUGUGUCAAGGUCUUCACAGAAGAAAAAUGACCUGCAUACGUAAGAGUGAUCGAAUGGUUGUGUCUGAUCAAAGGUGUGACCACUUGCCACUUCCAUUGUUUCUCACGGAAAGGUGCAACACAGACUGUGAACUAAGGUGGCACAUCAUUGGCAAAAGUGAAUGCUCGUCCCAGUGUGGUCAAGGGUAUCGGUCCUUGGAUGUCCAAUGCAUGAAGUAUUCCAUUCACAAAGGACAUACUGUUCCCAUAGACGGCCACUACUGUGCGGACCAACUUAAACCUGCUACCCGAGAACCAUGCCACGGUGACUGUGUCUUAACAAGAUGGCAUUAUUCAGAAUGGUCCCAGUGUUCCAGGAGUUGCGGAGGAGGAGAAAGGUCUCGAGAAUCUUACUGCAUAAAUAAUUUUGGCCACCGUCUUGCUGACAGAGAAUGCCAAGAACUUUCCCAAUUGACAGUAGAGAAUUGCAACGAGUUUUCCUGUCCAAGUUGGGCUACUAGUGAGUGGAGUGAGUGUCUUGUUACAUGUGGAAAAGGAACAGAGCAGCGGCAAGUAUGGUGUCAGCUGAAUGAGGAUCACUUGAGUGACAGCUUCUGUAAUCCAAGCACUGAACCUGAAUCCCUGCGGCCCUGUGAGCGCCAUCUAUGUGCUUCCUGGCAAGUAGGACCAUGGGGUUCUUGCACAGCCACCUGUGGACACGGGCAUCAGAUGCGAGCUGUUCAGUGUGUCAGUGACCUUCUCAGUGCAGUCGUAGAUGACACCGAGUGCCACGGUGCCAGUCGCCCACAGGACAGGCAGGACUGCGUUGUUGCACCUUGCCCGGUUGUUUCUGAAAUUGGGGCCACUUCAUUACCAGCUGUUCCCACAGGAAAGAUAGCACAAUGGCGACAUGGUUCUUGGACGCCAUGCUCUGUGUCUUGUGGAAGUGGUAGUCAAGCCCGCUAUGUAAGCUGUCGUGAUGCUCAGGACGGAAUAGCGGAUGAAUCAUAUUGUGCCCACUUACCCCGACCUGCUGAAAUAGCUCCCUGUUUUAGCCCUUGUGGAGAGUGGCAAACAGGAAAUUGGUCCCCUUGUUCAGCUUCUUGUGGACGUGGAAAAACAAUUCGGCAAGUUUUUUGCAUCAACUACCAUCAGCCAAUUGAUGAGAAUUACUGUGACCCCGGCGUGCGCCCUUUGAUAGAAGAGGAAUGUAACCUGGCAGAGUGCCUGCCCACAUACAGCCACUUCCCCAGUUCCUCUGAGGAGCCAAGCCAUUUCCCAGGCAGGAAUUUUCCAUUAACUCACAAACCUAAAGAUAAUCAAAAUCAGGAGGUCCAUUCGUCAGCCAGAGGAAACCAAUGGAGAACAGGACCUUGGGGAUCAUGCUCCAGCAGCUGUGCUGGAGGUCUUCAGCGCAGGGUGGUGGUCUGCCAGGAUGAGCACGGGCUCAGUGCCAGUCACUGUGAUGCAGCCUUCAGGCCCCCAGAGUCCAGGCACUGUGAUUCAGGACCUUGUCCACGGUGGAACUACGGAAGCUGGGGAGAAUGUACACAAACAUGUGGAGGAGGAAUAAAAUCAAGGUUUGUGAUAUGUCAGUUUCCCAAUGGCCAGCUGUCACAGGAGCACAACUGUGAGGUGUUAAACAAGCCGCCUAGUGUAGUGCAGUGCCACGUGCACGCCUGUCCUGAGGGUGCGUCUUGGCAUCGGGGACCGUGGAAAUCGUGCUCAGCUUCUUGUGGCAAAGGCAUAAAGUACCGGGAGGUGCUUUGCAUUGACCAAUUCCAAGGGAAAUUAGAAGAACAAUACUGCAGUCAUCUGCAGAAACCUCGAAUGCACAAGGCCUGUAGGUCUGCCAGAUGCCCUUCAUGGAAAGCUAACAGAUGGAAGGAGUGUUCUGUGACCUGUGGCCCUGGAGUUCAGCAAAGGGAUGUGUACUGCAGACUGAGAGGUGUUGGUCGAGUCACUGACAAAAUGUGUGAUCCGUCCACCCGGCCUUAUUUUCAGAGGCAAUGUUGGCAUCAGGACUGCGUGCGGUACCAGUGGAUGGCAGGAGAGUGGCUGGAUUGUUCAACAUCAUGUAAGAAAAAAGAGACACAUCGGCCAGUGAAAUGCGUCGAUGCACACAACACCCAAGUGAAUGAAAGUUUCUGUGAUCCUACAACCAGACCUCUCUCAAUCAAAAAGUGCAAGAACCCUCCCUGCAAGUAUAUUGUGGUAACGGGAGACUCAUCACAGUGUGCAGGUAACUGUGGAUUUAGUUAUCGACAAAGGAUUACAUAUUGCAUUGAGAUCCGUCCUACUAAGAAACAGAAGCCCCAUCAGCUUUGGCCGAUAGACUACCGAGAAUGUCCCGUGAUGCCUUUCUCUCAGGUUCACAAAUGCAGCUUUAGGAGCUGUUGGCAUGUGGCCACUUGGAAAGUUGGAAAAUGGAGCAAGUGCUCAGUGACUUGUGGAAUCGGGAUAAUGGAGAGACCAGUGGAAUGUUUGGCUGAAAAUGGCCGGUCCAGUGACUUAUGUUUAAAGCGAUUAAAACCAGACGCUCAAAAGAAAUGUUAUGUCAAUGAUUGUAAAUCAUUUACCACCUGCAAAGAAAUUCAAGUGAAAAACAACAUCACGAAGGAUGGUGAUUAUUACCUUAACAUUAAAGGAAGAUUAAUAAAGAUCCAUUGUGCAGGCAUGCACUUGGAGAACCCCACGGAAUAUUUACCACUGGUCAAAGGUGAAGACAACUUUUCUGAAGUGUAUGGCAUUAGGCUACGGAAUCCAUACGAAUGUCCUUUUAAUGGAAGUAGGAGGCAAGACUGUGAAUGUAAAAAUGAUUACAUGGCUGCUGGAUACACAGUUUUCAGCAAAAUAAGAGUUGAUCUCACUUCCAUGCAAAUUAAAACUACAGACCUUCUUUUUUCCCGGACAGUAUUUGGAAAGGCUGUUCCAUUUGCCACAGCUGGAGAUUGCUACAGUGCUGCCAGAUGCCCACAGGGACAAUUCAGCAUUAACUUGGCAGGAACUGGAAUGAAGAUAUCCAGCACGGCCAAGUGGCUUGCUCAGGGGAGCUACGCCUCUGUCAUCAUACACAGAUCCCCGGAUGGAACCAAAGUGUACGGAAGUUGUGGAGGCUUCUGUGGAAAGUGUGUUCCUCACAUGAUGACUGGGCUCCCAAUUCAAGUGAUGUGA